AUGGCUACAGAAGGAGAGACCCUCCUGGAGAAAGCAUAUGCAGAAGCGCAGGCCUUCUGCCAGAAGCACGGCCUAAUGUUUGAGAAAGGGAGAAAGAAGGGUUUGCUGAACAAAGAGGAUAAAUAUGCAGUCCCAGGGGGCAUAAUUGAAGCCACAAUGAUUGAAUGGGAGAUUGAACAAGGUCUCCUCAAUACCCAGGAGGGCAAUCCAUGGGCUUUCAUAUUCCUCAGAGAGGUUGAGGAUUCCAACAAACAAAUUGGGCAAGGGACAAACAGUGAGCUGUUAGAAAAAGAGGACAGUUUGGACAGCGAAGCAAAACAGCUGCUCAGCAACCUUGAAGCAAAAAUUGCAAGCCAGUAUCCCAAACACCUCAAAAACAAUGAUAAAACCCACACAACUCUCCUCCUUUAUGGGCCACCAGGCUGUGGAAAAACAGCUGUGAUGUGCAAACUAUCUGAGCAGAUGCAAGCUGGUUUAGGGCAAGACAGUGUAGUUGUGAUUCGUUUGCUGGGGACAUCCCAGCUCAGAAAUGGGCUGUCAGACAUGGAGCUGAAGGACAUUUUAUCCCUUAAGGAUGAAGUUCUUAUAGAGAUUCACCACAGAUUCACCUUCCUUCAAAUAAAACUAUCCUGCACCAUCCUCCUCUCCACUGGGCACGGCUAUGCAGUGACAUGGGAGAGUGUCUGGAAGAAGGGAUGGCAGAUGGCUUCACCCUUCUUUGCUUUGCACACAGGUACUCUUAGUGGGCAGAGAAUGAGAUGCCAAACCUCUGAGCAAUUUGUUGAAAUGGUGGAGAAUCAUUAUCUAUCAAACAAGACCAAAUAGAGGCAUUUUCUCCUGGCAAAUUUCAAACCCCAUACACUGCCACACUUUAGCAGGACUUUGAAUGCCAACAGGAAGGUAGCCCCUCAGGCACUCUGGUUCUCUGAUACUGUUGCAAAUCUGAGGAAGUUGAGUGAAUUGCCUUUUUAUUUGCUUAAUGCUGGAGGAAUUAAGGAGAUAAAAUGGGAUGUGCUGGGAUGUGCUGGCUGUCCAGAACUACGCCUUGUGCAGGACACACUUCUCCUUUUGAAGCCUGCAGUCAGCAGUAGACACAGCCCUGGAGGUAACAGCUAUCUCAAAGUGACAGAGCGUGAUGCAAAGGUUUUCCAGAGCAAAGAACUGGAAUUUUCAAUUCCAAGAGUGAGUUUAAUAUACACAGAAACGUUGGCCAGGCUUCGUUUUUUUUUGUGCUCUUACCCAAAGGUAAUCGGGAAGCUGUGCCAGCAGUGUCUGAGCUGGUGCAGUGUCUGUCCCUACCCUGUUCUCAUUCCACUGUGUGGAUUUCUUCGAUCUGGUGGACCCCUACACACAACACUCACCAGAUUCCUCAAAGGUGUCACAGUGAUGGCACUUAGUUCUGAUUACCGGCUGCUGGUGGCAGGUUCCCAGGAUGGCUCAAUGCUUGUCUGGAAUAUGGAAGUUUUCAAGAUGCCGCACACUCUCCCUGGGCACUCCACUGAGGUGAGAUGUGUGAAAGGAAAAGGAACCUGUGCUGUUUCAGUUGCCAUGGAUCACAGUCUGCGCAUCUGAAAUUUGAUUUCUGGCAGAGCAAGAUACAAAGGUGAAGUGUGUGACAUGCUGGACACCUCUGCCCCAGUGAGAUCACUGGAAAUAGCCAAGCAAAACCACCUCCUUUUUGCAGGGCUUGUAACUGGAACAGUCCUUGUCUUUCCACUGAACUCCAGGCAGGAUGGAGCAUGCAUCGCACCUCCAGAGUCACAGAAAGCAGUCAACAGCAUGGCAAUCAAGGAGCAGGGAAAGCAGUUUGCCAUAGCAUACGAUGACUUAGUCCUUAUGCUGGAUAUUAACCCCGCAGAUCCAUGCCCAGUGAUCAACAGGAUCACCUACACCUUUAGAACUCAGAUCCCUGGCUCUCUGGCUUCUAGAGUGGCUGUCCUUGCAGAUUACAGAGUCCCAUAAGGCAUGACUAAGGGCCUACUCCUUUAUGACUGCCCUCGGGCCCAAGUGUUUCCUUUGGAAGGUCACAGAAGCAUCUGUUUGGAAAGCAGCCACGGAGAGCAGCAGGCACUCAGUUGAUCUGAAGAUUCCCUGCAGUGUCUCUGGGACUUGGAGCUCUCUCAGCACUGUAGAGUGCUUCACAAGCUGGAGGCUUUAUUUUGUGAUACCUCCCAUCCUCCUUCCAGGAUCACUCCUUUACCAGCACAACAAUCUAAUCCUGACCAUCCAUUUUCAGCCCGCAUCCCACCUAAAAAGCAUUGCUGUGCUUGCUUCUCAAAUGAUGACAAGUACUUGUACACUGGGAUGCUGGAUCACUCCAUUGCAGUGUGGGAUGUUGCAAGUGGUGCCUUGCUGGCUGUCGAGUGUGUAUACACAACUGCUAAUGGAACUGUACGAACUGCAGAUGGAUUUGUCGCAAUAACAAAAGUUGGUUAUAUAAUUCAUGAGAAGUUUCACUGUCCCAAGACCACCCCUCCUCGGUAUAACCCAUUCCAGGACGUCGUGGCAGCGUGCAUG